AACUCCACAACUUCUUUCUUUCAAAAAAAUGCGGGUGCCCAUUUUUUUCAUUUUGUCAACAAAUUCGCUAUUAAGCGCAUUUGUGUACCAUCCUUCGUUUUUGAGCGAGGAUGAAAUUAAUCACAAUCGUUUCGAGCGAGACGAAACGGGCCCUUGCAACGAAGACACCCUGAUGAACUUUCUUGCAGAAAUUCAAGUGAUAAAUCCAGAAAGUAUAGUGAAACUGGCCACUUUAAACGAUCUCACGCCAUCGUGUAAUCGAGUUGCUGCAAAUCUAGACAAAAUUCAAAAUUAUGUGAAAACGUGCACCCCACCAAAUCAGCCAGACUUGUAUUUUCAGUUAAUUAAGGGGGUUGAAUCUCUGCACGACAAGAUUUGUACAGAGUCGCCGUUCAGAAAGAGGUUCGAGGAAAUUCACAAGUGUUUGCAUGAGUUGAGGAACGAUUUAGAGGAUUGUGGAGGGCCGGCUGACUGGAACGAAAAUUCUGACAACAAUGCUGUAUGCAAAGCGUACAAAGACAUAGCUGACUGCUACUACAUUAAAACCGCCAAAGUAUGUGGAAAUAGCGCCGCUGCCAUAAUUAAAGAACUGCUAGAGUCAAUAAUUGACAGCAUAUUAACAAUAAAUUGUGACAAUGUAAAACAAGACCCUAGCGUAAAGGAUCCCAUGCCUGAAGAAUACAUCAAAAAAGAAAAUAAGUCUGAUAGAAUAAAGCCUUCAGCUGUGCUUCAGUUAGGAAUGGUCGUCAUGCUUACUGUAAUAAAUAUUUAAACAAAAUUAUUAUUUUUAUUCGGCUGCAACCACUAGGACACAGGUUAUACCACUUGGACAAUAAUACUAAUAACGAAAAUUCAAAUGUACAUUUAUUCUGAAAAAGCGAUUGUUACAUUAUCAAUUUCAGCCUAACAGCCAAGCCUUCACUUGUACUUCAAGUAGCAAUAAUCACGAUUUUAAUAAUUAAAUCUAACGAAAUUACAAAUCCUUUGUA